AAUAGAUACGCUACUUGGAUGGUAGAUAAUCUCAUCAAUCCGGUCUUCAGCUUUCACUGGGAGAUUCAGAAUCCAGAUAGGAUCAUAAAAGACCAGUCGGCAGUGAUCGUGUGCAAUCAUCAGAGUGCUCUGGACGUCAUAGGUAUGAUGCACAUCUGGCCUUUUUUCCAUCCCUGUUUGCCGGUGUUGAAACAGGAGCUUUUUUGGUCCGGACCCUUCGGAAUCUUUUGCUGGUUGGCCGGUUGCGUGUUCUUGAACCGCUCCAAUUCUGAAGAGGCCCGGAAACUACUCAAUGCGAAAAUGAACGAGAUGAAAGAGAAAAAGAUCAAGUGCUGGAUAUUUCCGGAAGGGACACGAAAUAACGAGGGACACAUUCUACCGUUCAAGAAGGGUGCUUUCCACAUUGCAGUUCAGUCUCAGUUACCAAUAAUUCCUAUCGUGUACACACCUUAUUCCAAAUUCUACAAUCCGAGAGAGAGAAAAUUCGAAACGGGAAAGACGACAAUAACUGUUCUACAGCCGAUAUCCACGAAUGGAUUAACCAUCGGCGACAUACCCAUGCUGACGGAGAGAGUGCGCAAUCUGAUGAUCGAAGAGUUUAGUAAAUACUGAAGAAUUCCAGAACCUAAAUUAUAUAUAUAUAUAUAUAUAUAUAUACAUACAUAUACAUAAACAUAAACACACGGAGUUAUGCGGAUGAGAUGAUUUUGUACAGGUAAACGAGAAUUUUCUAGUCUUACAUAAAAAAAGCACAUAUAAAACAACAAAUGGAAAGAUCAUACAAGGUAUUCCCAACUAUCGUAUAAUUUGGAUUCAAGAUAACUGCCAUUUGAUUAGAGAUUUUGUAAUUUCGAGAACGUAUUUACAGUAUACAAAAAACAACAGAAAAACAAACUUUAAAAUUUGCAGGUUCAUCUGUUUUGGACGUUUAAAUAUGCAACAUUCAUAUUUAAAAUCUACCGAUUCUCUUUUAAAUUUAAUUUUGUCAAACAUUUUAAAAUCCAUAAAUAAUUCCCAUACAUAAUUUCGCGUAUAUAGAUAUAUAACGAAGGAAACAUUUUACAAUCUGGAAUUUAUAAUUAGACUUGUAGAGUAGUGUUUGCUUAACUAUUAAACUCCGUUGAAAUAUUCAUAUCUGGCUAUUAGUGCGUUAAAUUUAUUAUAUAUAUGAAAGAACACUGGAUAUUUAUUAUUAUUAUAAAUAAUUUACGAAAUAUAAAAAAUAGCGCGACUUAAAAUUCGAUAUAUACUUAAAAAUUUGCAAUGUACAGUACGGAGCGGUAUGUUUUAGAAGCAGAAAUAUGAUACUUUGGUGGAACAUUACAAAUUUUAUUUGUAUCUUAAAUUUUGUAUAUUAAUUUACGAUCGAGAAAACAUUCCGAAGUGUAGUGACGAAUGCUGCUUUACACACGGAACUUUAAAAUGUCGAAUGGAACUCCCAGAAUUGUGGGAUAAAAAGUCGAAAAGCGAUUUAUUCGACAAUUCGGAAUUCCGAAAGUUCUUACUUAUUGUGUUUUCGGAAUUCAUUAUGUAAAUUAAUUACGAGCCAUGUUUUCAAAUCAAUUUUUUGCAUAUUUAAAGAAAAAGGAUUCCCAUGCACAUCGUUAUUGUUACGUAAAAAGUUAAAAUUAUAAAUUCCAGAUUGGCAUUUAUGAAAUCGAAAUAAUUUCAUAACUAUAUUAAAAUCCAUGCAACCGUUUUAACCGAAAGUCACCGACACAAAUGUAAAGCCGUUUUUCGAGGAGCUCCUGGCUUUCGGAUAUAAAUCCAGAACACUCUGAUCUAGAAUCUACCAGGCUUCUAGAUAAGUGUGACGUAAUGUCCUCGAGUAUGUUUCUGGAGGAGCUAUGGGACACGGUUUUAUGACUGUGGUGGCGAAUCUCUUGGCAAGAAGUCCGUAAAAAUUUCGAAUUCGAACACGAGAUCGAGAAAAAUGAAAUUCUAGACAAAUUUUUUAACAUUAAAUAUACUGAAUCUCUACAUAUUUAAAACUUAAAUCGAGCAUUUCCGUUUCGUCACCAUCGCCUUCGGCAGCGACUGUCGAUAAAAGUAAAUACUCGUUCCGGCUUAUUAUUAUUAUUGAUAGAUACUAGUCCAUUAUAGUUUAAUAAUAUUUAUUAAAUCGUUCUAUAUUUAUCAUUAGCGUUAAUUUAAAAGUGCCAUAUUUGUCGUCGUGCGAAACCGGGGAAGAUCUUUGCGUUAGGUUAGCUUUCGACACGAAUUUACAUUCCUUUAGUGUACAAAAUACAAAGUUUGCCAUUCCUUGUUAUAUAUUUUGUAAAUAUAACUCCAAAGUUCUAAGUAUUAGUUUUUCUUAGUAUUAUUAUUUUUUUUGUGUGUGUGUUUGUAUUUUAUUCGUAAUUUCCACCACUAAUGGUUAAUUAUUGUUGUUAAGUUAUUGAUUUUGAUGUUUGUAAUUGUUACGCUCUUACCAAAGAUUUUUUUCCCUUUAUUUAUAGUCUCUAAUGCUAAAUAAUUGCAUUUAUGGUAAGUGCACACCCCAAACGUGUAUGCACUUCCUUCGUGAACUACUCUCGUUCCUAUCGUUUGUGUUCCUAAAUAGACCGCUAUUCCUAUUUCCAUUCAUUCUAUUUUUUCAAACAUUAAGUAGUUUAGUAAAUAUUAAUAAAUAUUCCAUAGUUUAACGAUCAUUAAGCAUCUUGUAUAAGUAAGUGUUUUUGGGUAUAUUGUAAAGAGAAUUCAAAUUUUUGCAAGCGUUAAGAGUGAAACACGAAUUUUCAUCCACGGCAUAGGUUAUUAAUGACAUAGAAUCUCCCGGCAUUUCCAAAUUCGCUAAAUUUCUCGUUCUUACUCUCCACCUUUUCCAUUCGAAAAGGGAAAACUGCGACUCUCCCCCGCAGCUUCCCUCGCAGUUAAAAUUUAUUAUAUUUUUGCAAGAAAUUUAGACACUUCACAAUUACUACCUUUUUGUGAUAUUUGAUUUCAGCAAUAAUGUGAAAUCUUGUGGUUUGUAAUCUAUAAUAUAAUAGGAAUGUCACGUGUAAACCUGCUGUAAAAUUAAUUUUAAGAGAGAGAGAAAUCAUUGUUGAAUUUCUAACGGAAUAUGUGGAGUCAAUAAAAUUUGAUGUAAUAAAUGUGUUAAUUUAAACCACUUUUAUGUUAAAAUUAUCAUCAUAAAUGUGCGUGGUUUUAAUGAUGAUGAUGAUGCCUGUUUUGUUAUACAUCGCUAAAAAAUUACGUUUAUGUAAAUUUAUAUAAUGUAUACAGUAGAUUGUUAAUUUGUUUCUAAUGUGCCAUGAUGAUUUAUAUAUAUUUAUUUAUUUAAUUAUACUCCAUUACUUUCUUCAGUAUUACCGAUGCCAAAGAGAGUGUUUAUUGUCAAACCAGUAUUAUUAAGGGUAUAGAAAGCCCGCAUUUAAACGCAGUGUAUUUUAAUGGGUGUGAAUGAAGACACAUAUCAUAGUUUAGCGUAAUGUUCCGUUACGGCACCUGGCUUUAAAUCCUUUAUUCCUGUGUCGUGGACUUAAAUAUUACGAACGGGCAUCGUAUUGGAAAUGCGGGUGGCCCGAAAGUCGGUUAACUGACUUAGAAACUGUCUCUUCCAAUGCUUUUGUUACUCUGCAGGCAAAGCUUUGCUCUUUAAAAAUAUUAAAAUGCAGAAUUUAACGCACGAAAAAACCCGCCGUCAACCGACUUCUGGGCCACCCCCCAUUUUUAAAGUGUCAAAAUAUUAAAAAUUCAAAGAUCUUGUGUACUCUGGUAUAUCUGGAAAGUGAUUAAAGGCUUUUAAUUAAAACUCU